AUGUCAAGGAAAGUGCCAACUAAGCUAUCAUGGAACUUCAAGAAGGCUGACUGGCCUAAAUUCACAAACCUUUUAGAGGAUGAACUUCACACAAGUCCCCUCAACUUCAACCAACAUCCUGACCAACUUUGCACUGCUAUCACGAAUAGUAUGAUCAGAUGUGCAAAGAAAACUAUUCCCCGAGGAAAAACUAAACACUAUCGAGUGUUUUGGUCGAAACACCUUGAGGAACUGAAAAGAAAGCGGGACGCCCUUCGCAACACUGCUGAUCAGACUGGAAGAACGGAAGACGUAAAAGCCUGGAGACGACAAACAGCUGUCCUAAGGCAAGCCAUCUUACAAGCCGAAUGCACUUCUUUCGACAAGUUCAUCUCAAAUAUAAACUAUCAAAGUGAUAGCCAACGCACUUUCAAAUUGCUGGGUAACCUCCAAAACAACAGAGAAAGACCCAAGAAAGAACCGACUCCGAAAUAG